AUCCAUUCUAAACUCACUAUCCGCUAACCAACGCCGCGCCCUAUUAAUUCAAGUAUGGAGCAAACGCAGACAAUGAUUAUGAGACUUCCUAAUGAAAUCCUGGAUUCAAUAUUGCAGUUAACAAUGCAACUACCUCUAUCUUCACUUAAUGACAUCGGCGUUAGCAGGGCCGCAGUAAAUCUAUCUCGGGUUUGCAGACGCUUCCACGGCAUUGCGACGCCUUACAUUUAUGCUCAUCUUCUUAUUUACUGCAAUAACGACAUUAUGGCAUUAAGCAACACUGUAUACGAGUUCCAGAGGCAGUUUCGCAGCAAUCAGUUGUGUCGCAGUAAGCUGCUGCAUCGCACACUUCAAAAAAAUCCUCAGCUGUGGCAACACUGUCGUAACUUGAAGAUCGAGCUGUUUAAUGACUCAGACAGUCUGGGCAACAUAUUUAUUGCAACAGAUGCUGUCACGUGGCUCACCGGCGUAACUAAUCUUUCCAUUAGUUCAGAAGGGAGGACAACUACGGAUGCUAUGGCCCUUGUUCGCUCUGCCUUGGGGGGGAUGAAAGAGUUGAUCAGUCUGUCAGUCAAGGACGUCAGUGGUGAUGGCAUAGAUUUGCCUCUUAUAGUGGACGCCAUCUGCUGUUCGGGCAAAGUCGCGCGCCUUAAGACACUAAAUAUUUCCGGGAUCUCAAGGACUGGAAACUCUGCGGAUUGGGCGAAAUUAAGGGAGAUACGUGGCACGGCAUCGUUCACUGAGCUUACUUUGCAUAGCUUCCUCCAGACUCCAGAAGCUCUCAAGUCAUUAUUGAUGUGGCCAGCAAGGCUAGACAAAUUCACUUUGGAUACGUCAUUCAGAUGUGACUAUGCUUUGAACGGCCUGUACGAUCAAUGGGGCUUGGAUACCCUACAGCCUAUACUCACAGUCCACAAAUCCACCCUAUCCGCCAUUCGCAUACGUGCUCUUAACCGUUCAGGGCUAGACGGCUUUAAUCUUUCAGGCUUUCAGGCCCUCCGGGAGCUGUCGCUGUCUCAUGGGCUCACUGGGACAGAUCCUACUCUUGUUGCCGGCCUGCUUUCGCCUCGGCUUCGCAGCUUCCACUGGGAUAUGACGUUCGAAGACCAGCAGCAUGAUGAGUUCUUUUUUCACUUUGGCGAGCCUGAAGAAAAUUGGCUUCGCAAGUUGGCUAUGGCAGCCAUUGGCCGAAAAUCAACCCUUGAGAUCAUAAGUAUCAAAUUCAGGCCAACAGACGGCGAAUGGGGGUGUACUGUGUACCCUUGGGAUCGUAUGGAUGAUGUUGCACGCUAUGUUCAGCCUUACGGAAUUCGUUUAUUUUAUACUACCCCGACAAUCUCUCGGGAAUUAUUUUUAGAAGCGCAGGAGUUUUAUGGGACCCGUUAGAUUUGCCCCAAUACACCCUCGUGAGACCC